CCACACCCCUCCCCUUCCUUCCCAGCACACAAAAGCAGUGCAAUUAGCUGUCUUAAGGGAGCUGGGGCUUAGCCAGCUGUGAGCUGCAAAUAAUCAAAUACCUCCGAGGCAGCCCCCGGGCAGAGCAAGCAGCGGUGGCUGCGGCCGUGUUAAGAGAAUACAAAUAACUGCCAUCCAUUUCCAAAGCAAAAGGCCAGCUCCUGCACUGAAGGCCAGCACUGAUGCAGCUCCUUGUUCCCCAGCUGCGACAGCCUUUCCCAGCGGUAUUUUUAUUCCAAUCCUGGACAUCCUAAGGAGCCCCCUGCUACCGAAGGAGGAAUGCCCAACUGGAAUACAGGAGAGAGCUUCUUUGUUCCUCAGUAGCAAGAAGAGACCCUCAGAGGACCGAGCCCCUCGGCAGGUGAAACCCAGUGCGGCCAGAGUCUCUCCCCAAGCACGAUGGGCACCACCGAAGCCACGCUGCGGAUGGAGAAUGUGGAGGUGAAGGAGGAGUGGCAAGACGAGGACUUCCCCAGACCCCUCCCAGAAGAGACAGGAAUGGACUCCCUGGGCAGACCCGCAGAUGAGAACACAUCCUCUCCCCCUAACACUUUGAACUUUAACGGGGCUCAUCGGAAGCGCAAGACGCUCAUAGCCCCUGAAAUCAACAUUUCCCUGGACCAAAGUGAGGGUUCCAUGCUGUCCGAUGACUUCCUGGACACGCCCGACGACCUGGACAUUAAUGUAGAUGACAUCGAAACCCCGGAUGAGACGGACUCCCUGGAAUUCCUGGGCAAUGGGAAUGAACUGGAAUGGGAAGAUGAUACACCUGUGGCCACAGCCAAGAACAUGCCCGGGAACAGCGCAGACCUCUUUGGGGAUGGGGUGGUAGAAGACAGCAGCGCUACCAAUGGGAGACUAUGGAGGACAGUUAUCAUUGGGGAGCAGGAACACCGCAUUGAUCUGCAGAUGAUCAAACCCUACAUGAAGGUGGUGACACAUGGAGGGUACUACGGAGAAGGUCUCAAUGCUAUCAUUGUCUUUGCUGCCUGCUAUCUCCCAGACAGUAAUCUAGCUGAUUACCAUUACAUCAUGGAGAACCUCUUCUUGUACGUGAUCAGUAGCUUGGAGCUGCUGGUGGCCGAGGACUACAUGAUCGUGUACCUGAAUGGAGCUACACCACGUCGGAGGAUGCCAGGCCUGGGCUGGCUGAAGAAAUGCUACCAGAUGAUAGACAGAAGGCUACGGAAAAACCUGAAAGCUUUGAUAAUCGUGCACCCUUCGUGGUUCAUCCGGACAGUACUGGCUAUAUCCAGACCCUUCAUCAGUGUGAAGUUUAUCAAUAAGAUCCAGUACGUUCACAGUCUGGAAGAACUGGAGCAGACUAUCCCCAUGGAGCACGUCCAGAUUCCUGACUGCCUCCUACAGUACGAGGAGGAGAGAACCAAAGCCAGGAAAGAAAGGGCAGAGGAGAAACAAGAAAUGGCAGAGAAAGACAGCAGGCCUGCGCUGCCGAGGGAGGAUCAGGAAACCAGCAUGUCAUGAAUAGAAAUAACGAGGAAUGAAUGGAACCGGAGAAUGAUGCAACCUGGCAGUCACCCACUGUAAAUGCCCUUCCUGGUACAAGAUCUUGUCAUCUUCUCAUUCCAACUCCUGUAAGAUCAAGGAACCUGCCUCCCCCGUCUCAGAGAUGCAAAGUCCUUUAAAGCUUCUGGAAACAUUUUAUUUAAAGAAAGAAUAAUCCAAUAAUAGCACUUUCUAGGACAGGAUGGUUUGUGGCGAGAGAUAAGCAGUGCAAACAUAUACAAUAUUUCCUCUUAGCACGUAAACAUCACCCCGUAGUCCAUUACAGCCACCAGCUCAAAGAAGAGGUCUAUUUUUUUUAAUGCAUAAACCCCUUCCCUAACUUGCUGCUGGCCAGCACUGUGCAAUUUUGCUUUCAAUUGUUCGUCAGUUUCCUCCAGGUAGCGAUUCCGAUGGCCGUGGGCCUAUGUUCGCUAACGCAGGAACUGGGAAGAGCAAGUUUUCCUCCCUUACAGAUACGGGGUAUGUUUCUUCCAGUAGAUGUUACGUAUCCACCAAGCCUUUGGCCGACACAUUUCCCCCAUCCCUGGCUCCCGCACCUCGGGAUAUCCUUGCUGGUCCAGCUCUCUAGCUAACUCAUGGUGAAACUUAUCUAUGAGUGAGUGUGAUGAUGUUUAAUUUGUCCUGUCCCUCUUCAUAAGGCUCCCGCAGAUAAAAGACUAUACUCUGAAAGAAGGCUCCUCUACCUCGGAUGCCACCUUAGCCAGAAUCCUUCUAUACGCACCUUCUCACAUCAUGGCACAAAGAAAGACCUAUUCUUAUGAAGGAACCUUAUGGACUGGGAAGUUUUUCACACCUCUUCUUUACAUAGAUGAUGACACUGGACAGUCAUCCACUCUUUAUACCUCCUAUUGCAAAAACAAGCUGCUAAAUGUUCCUACAUUCUCUUCCUGGGUGGUGAGAGUCUUGUCUGAGCAAAGGGCGGAUUGCAGCGUGACCAGCACAAACCUAGGUUGGGAAAUCUUGCAAAUACGAAGACGGGGAAUUGUAUGGACAUGCAGGCGCUCAGCUCAAAAACAAUGCAGACAUGGUAUCGGGACUUUAACACGUGGUUUGGGGGCUCAUGAAGAUUUCUGAGCAGAGGAGAGAAGAAUUUGAACAAGCAUAAAUCGGGCAACCUAAUUUGUAAACCCCUGUCUUAGCCCAGGGUCAGCCUAUGCAAACAAUGUCACACGUGCACAAGGUAAAACCCCUUAUGGAUGAGUUCUGAAGCUGAAGAAUUAUCUGAGAAUCUCAGUGGUCAAGAGACAUUUUAUAACUGGUGUCCCAGGUGGAUCUUAUGUACAGAGCCCCAACAGUCCAGCUAUUCAUUACCAUUUGAAAUUAAUGCCACUUCACUCUGCUGUAAAACCCCACAGGAGGGCAAUACUGGCAAAGCAAGAUUUUCUGAACAGAGGAAUCAGCUUUCUGUAAAAUGCAGAGCGUUGCUUUUUAUACUUUCCUAUCAUUAACAAUGGCAGAGGAGCAGAGAGUAUGCUAGCUAACCAUAUACUUGCCAAUGUUCUUAUCUUCUCAUGUUCUGCAUGUUUCUCCUAUAUUGUGGGCAGAAGGUUUUCAGUGGGAUGCAUGACUCUUCAGUCAUGGAUUUAUUUACUGAGCAGACGUAUGCAUGGAAGGAGAGGAGAACUGCACUGAUAUCAUGAACCACAGAAGAAGAAGAUCUUGAUGCUUUCUCGUGCAGGCAUGUUAAAAAGAAGUAACAAUUCAUUUGCCGAGCAUUCAUGAAGCCACCUGGCUUCCUGGAAAUUUCACUCUUAGCCAAUUGCUGGCAUGGAGGUCAGAUUUCUGUGCUACAAGCAAAAGAAAGCAGCACUUCAGGGUUUUUGGAAUUUGAGUUUUACACUAAAUAAGACAAAAAAAAAGAACAUUUUGCACUAACAAUUCCAAAAACUCGGCAGUCACUUGGUUUCAAGGCAAGAAGCAGUCAUCAGAAUAUGGGAGGGUUAAGCUGGUCCACAAAGCAGUGUACACUCUCACAAACAGACUGAUCCAAAACCCAUUGGGGUGCAGAGAAAAACUCCCCCUGACAUCAAAGAACUUUGGAACAGACUCAGAAUAAAUCGUUACAGGUCUUGCUGUAGUACAGAACAUGUGAAUUCCCCAUUCCCAUCAGAAAUUCAAGGGCCUAGACUUUUAUUUUCAUUCUGAGAACACUUUCCUGCAUUUCAGUGGAAGUCAAGAAUGCAAUAAACUGUAUGAUAUUGAAGGAUGGAAGGGAGUUGUAAAGUCAUACCAUGGGCAGUUGGGUAGAAAAUUAAAGACAUGUUUGAAAUCCAACCCUAGAAACCUCCACCACAUCUGUAGUAACUCCAACACUUCAGCAGAAAUGUUCACAACAUCCCAGUCAGUGGACUAACACUGUUCUGGCACACCUUCUGCUUGGGGGAAAAACACCCACAGAUUUAUCUUCAAUCUUGGGACCUUGAGAACUAAAAUGUUGAUCGUGAAUAGUAACCACAAUAGGUGACCUUUUUGAAACACCAUCAUUUGCAGCAUUAGCAGAGAAACCACAGAAAGGAUGGACCUGGAGAUUGAAGUAUUAGCACCUUAUGAGGUAGGUCCUCCAGACUGGGGUUGAGGUUUCAGGAUAUUAAAAUGUACAUCAUCUAUUUCAUUUGCACAGAGAGGGAAGGUAAUUCAUUGAAAUGGAGAACGUCAACUUGACUUUCGUAAAAUGAGCUAAUUUUUUUUUAAAAAAUACACUUUCUGGUAGAGCGCUCUUUAAACAGGAUAUCCUAGAUCUUGUUUUAAAAUGUGUCGAGAGAUUUUCCUGCUUCCCAGCUGAUGUCUAUAUAAGGAUCUUUUCAAUAUGAAAGAAACUGACUGUACAGGAGAAAAAGUGAAACAGACGAUACACACAGUGCUGUCAAAUGCACAAAGUAAAUUUGAAAAAAGAGACAAAAAAGUGUCAAUCACUUCUUUCAGCUGUCCCGAUUUUAGGUAUUACUUGUAACCCUAGUAGCUACAAAAGUCUGAGAUGGAAACGUGCCACUCAAGUUGGCAGUAUCCCUUUACCAAGAUAUGCAGCCACAUAUCUAAGACUGGUAUUGACUGCCUUGUGCGAUUUUAAAAUGUUUUCAUACAUCAAUAUAAUAUAAGAUCCCUAGACUGUAAAAAUACUCCACACAAAAUGGCUGCAUUUGUUUUAAAAAGAGCAUAAUGGGCUGGAUUCGACUCUCAAUGAAGACAAUAGAAAGACUCAGUGAAUUUCAAGGAGGGUUGGAUUUGGCCCGCCAAAAGAGAGAAUCGGAAUGGCAGACAAAGUUUCAGAGAGCGCAGGGAUCUGGUAUAACCGCAUAGGCCUGGAGUCCUCAACCAGUUGUUUAAAAACUACAACAAAACAUGCUUUAGUAAUAACACUUCACGAAGUGCCGUCAUACUGGACAGCUCUACUUCUUCGGUAGUUGAAGGCAUUUAACAUACCUGGGCCUCACAGCAGAACUAAGAUGUGCAGGUAUCUGCUGUAAGUUACAAAUUGUCACGUGGCAUCACGUAAUGCCAUGUCAGAAGUCUGGUGGCAUUACUCAAGCUCCACUCUUGAUGUUAACGAUGUCCUUAGAAGCCUUUGGUGUAUUUAUUUCCGUGCAUCUUCACUAUUACUCUCUGCUGGAGAAAUCUAUCGAUGUUGAUAACAAUAUUACUUACCGAGGCAAAAUGGAUCUGCCAUUCAAAACGGUUACACCUGGAUGUGAUGCUGCUAUAUAGAAUACCAACUGAAAAGAGUGCUGGAGGUAGGGCAAGAGAUUUCCUUGCCAUUGACUGAAAGAGACCUGACAGUGAGGACUUUAGUGCCUUGUCUAUACUAGAAAGGGUUUAAUGGAAUAGCUACACGGGUAUAGUUACACUAGCAAAAAACUCUCGUGUUCCUGCAGUUUUUCAAUCAGGUCCCCAAACAAAAUCAGCUAGACCAGCAGAAGCAGCAACUGGCGGUUUAACUGCAUCUACUUUAGGGCUUUUGCGGGUCUAAAAAUGUAAAAAUUGCAUGAUUACUAUACCAGAAACACGUCUAGUGUAGACCUGGUCUUAUUCCUGCCUUGUAAAGAACCUCUGAAGAGUAGCUGUUUUGACUUACGAAUGCUCUGUAUGAUACCAAGUAACAGGUGUUAUCAAACACAUUUUCCUGGGUGAGGCAACUCCUGGACUUGUGUGCAUUAGUUCCAAUAUUGAGUCCAUCCAGAGCACCAUUUUUGACGGAGGGAAAGGGUAUCUUACAUCUGUGGCACCAGCUCCAAGAACAACAAGAAGGUAUUGCGCUCACAGCUACUAGUGGUUGAAUUCUACCAUCCAUGUCAUGGAAAACCAUAAACUAAAAUAAUCAGAUUCUGGUCUUUAUAUCGAGAUAGUUAAAGGGCAGAGUCUAAAACAUCCUAAUUCAAUUUUUAAUGUAUCAUGCAUACUCCCUAAGAGCCUGCUCCAAAGUCUAUUAAAGUCAAUGGGGCUCUUUCCUUUGACUUCAGUAAACUUUGGAUAUGGGCCAUAGUGAAGGAAACUUUUUUGUUUGUUCGUUUAACAGCUUCAGUGAUUUCUCUCCAAUCUACUUGUUGUUCUGCUGUAUUUUACUGACAUCCCAACAAAAUCAGUAGAAUGAGGUAGACAUGAUCAGUCCUUCUAAACUGCAGAUAUUUUUUCCAGGGUUAAGCAGCAGUCAUCAACAGGGUUAUGCAAUCAACCUACUGUGUCCUGGCAUUGUUUGAAUGUCUCCAAAUUCAGGACUAUCCAAUAGUUUUUGUUUUGGUCCACAAGACACAGGACCCGAAAUGGACAGAGUCUGGGAUCUAAUCAGGUUAGAAAACGAAUUCAAUUUCUUCUCUACAGUCCUGUGUAAAUCUGAGCAUCCGUUUAGAGCAUACCUCAUGGCAAUUUUUCCAUCUACUUUUUCCAAAGACUCUUUGCUUACAGAUGUGUCUACAUGUUGGUAGAGAAAAACAAUAUUCCUAAGUGUUCAACAUUCUUAAAAGCAACACUCGUCUAUUUCACCGUCCCGGCUAGGGAAAAAGAACAGAGUUAAUACAAGAAUGGUUGCUUUAAACUGAUAUGGGCUUGACAGCAGGAGAAAUAAACAGGCAAGAUUGCUUUAAAAAUGCAGACACACGUUUUCUUUUGUAUUUCCAUACUAACUGGCAAUCAAAAAUAUAGCAUGCUACUGUGAAAGUGAAUUUUGAAGCCACCAUAAGAGGGGGUUAUAAUCAAUCUCAGUUUUCUUCCUUUGCAGUGCGCCCUCCCGCCCAUACCUAUGUGUAAAAAUGUGUGAACUGUCAUUUUUCUAAAGUGUUUGAAUUUAGGUGGUUUAUGCUAGAAGACCUAGACGAUUGUUAACUAUGUAUUAUUAUUAUUUUUUGCUUUGUAUUCUGCCAUACAAAUCUGUGGAUAUUUAAUUAAAAUCAGAAUGACCCUUAAAGGAAAA